AUGAAGAAGAGGAUGUCCAAAAAGAGGAAAAUCGUAGAAGAGGAAGGAGAAACAGGAUGUUUUCCAGACAAUGAUGAUAUCCAAGAAGAUGUAAAAUCAGACAUCUUGUCAAGACUCCCUCCCAAAACCCUAACCCAAUUCAAAACCACAUGUAAACAAUGGCUCUCUCUAAUUUCCACUCCACAAUUCGCACAGUUACAUCUCAAUAACUAUGCCACAACCUGCAGCUUUUUCGUUUAUGCUCGCAACACCCGGACCUCCCAACAAUAUUUACUAACGACAACCCGUCCUGAUGGCGGACCUCUAAACCAUAUCCUCGCCAUCAAUGGGGUUAGUUCUUCGCGGAUGAACAACACACAAACUGUUCACCUUAAUGGUUUAGUGUUACAUACCAGCAAGAAUUUUUCUUACAUUGUUAAUCCCACAACUCGAAAACACUUUCAGCUCCCUUUUCCGCCUGGCCCAAAUAACGUUAACAUUGAGACAAUUCAUACAUAUAACUUCUUUGGGUUCGACCAAUCCCAAAACCAACAUAAGAUUUUGCACAUGAGGGUGCUUAGGAGUCUUAUUCCUUCUGUUGGUAAGGUUAUAACAACAGAGUUUGAGGUAUUUUCUAUGUCGGAUAAUUCUUGGAGAAAGCUCGCCCUUCCACCCGUUGAUGUUAUUGAUCUUAUUGCUGUUUAUCCUUUUUUGAAACAGAGUGUUUGUGUCAAUAGUGUCAUACAUGUGAUGUUUCCGUAUCGUGUUGAUAAAGUCUUGGCAUUUGACUUGUUUACUGAACGUUUUUCUGUAAUUAACUUACCUGUACCUCUUCCACCUCAACCAUACACAACAUACUACUCAUCACGAAGAGACGGAAAGCAGUUCAAGUUCAACCACCGGUUCUUCACUCAAAUUGAUGGCGGGUUAUUAGGAGUUGUUUGUGAUGAUCGGUAG